UAUGGUAGUCAGGUAGGAGGAAAUACUGGCUCUGGAAGCAGUGGAUCUAAAAGGUCCCGUGAGAGUGAUGCUAGUGACUCAAACUCUGUAGGAUCUAGUGCUCGUCCAAUGGGAAGAGAUGCUGCUAAGAAAAAGGCUAAAAAGAAAGAAUUCAAGGCACAAGAGUUGGAUCGGUUGGACAAAAUAGUUAUGAUGCAAAAUGAAGCAAACCAAUUGAUUAAGGAAAAAACUCAGGCUAAAAAGAUGAAGAUGUUUAUCAAGCUAACUGAAAAGGAGAAUCUC